CUUUUGGGCCUGAAAUGGGCACGGGCAUAUGGAACUGAAUCACGUGGAGCUGUCGGGAAAAUCAGCAACACCAGAGAAGUGACAGCAGCGGGAAGGACAGUGCUGCUCUUCACAGACCCUGGCUCUGGGCUGCCUGCUGCGUAGGCUUCUCUCUUGAGGGAAGGGAAGGGACCAUGGUGUCUCCGUUGUACAAAAGCAGUAGCUGGGCCCAGGACCCGGAGGAGUGUCAGAAGCAGCUGAAAAAGAAACAGAAGAACCGGGUGGCCGCCCAGCGCAGCCGACAGAAGCACACGGAUAGAGCAGAUGCCCUGCACCAGCAGCACGAGUCCCUGGAGAAACACAACCAGGCUCUGCGGAAGGAGAUCCAGGACCUGCAGGCUGAGCUGGCGCAGUGGAGUCAGACCCUGCAACUGCACGAGCACCUGUGCCCCAAGGACUGUGUCCCCUACCGGGCUCUUGAGCCGCCUGAGUGCUGGGGCCAGGCCAGGUGGCUCCCAGGACAGCACAGCUGCCUGGAGCAGCCAGACCUCUUCUCCACUCCUGUCUCCUGUCUGUCCGCUCAGCUGUACCCAGAUCCACAGCCUCAGGGUCCCUGUGGCCUCCCCCCAUCCCCUCUGUCCCUGCUGUCCCUCGGCCCUGCUACAGUGACUCUACCUCCUGCUCAGACAUCCCUCAGCCACCUGCCAUCUGCCUCAUCCACGGCCCCCAGCCUGCCAGGCUCUUCCCCAUUGCCCAGCCCUCCAGCCCAAGCUACCUCUCCGCAGCCCCUUGGACAGGUACCCCCGAGCAAGGGGGAGUUGGGGUCCUCUCUAGGGCCUGAAUAUCUGCAGAGCAGGGAGCACAAGGCCAGUCCUUCAGCAGCAGAUUGGCCGGGUUCGGCCUUGGAUCUCGACCACCACCCUCUCCUGGUCUUUCCUCUGGUGGCCUCGGCUCAGGUCCGCUUCUAACCUGUGCCCAGAGCAUGACUGCCUCUCCUGCCCUGCUGCUGGAGUCACCCUUCCCAGAGAGCAGCUGGCCCAGGGAAAAGGAAGCUGCAGCUGAGUGCCCGCCACUGUGACAGGCCCUUUCACUGCUGUUAUCUCAUCGCGGCCUCAUGGUCACCAUGCAAAAUUGAGAUUAGGACUCCACUUUCACAGAGAAACCAAGACUGUGUGCGUAUCACACAGUCUUUCUUUUCGCAGUUAUUCUUUUUCACAGAGCCUUUGUGGGGCCCAAAACACAGCCCUCUCUGCUCUUUGUGCUCUGCUGGAAAACUGGCCUGGGUGAAGGGGGCUGAAGUCCUGGGACCCAGGGGCAGCCCUGCCCUCUGCUUUGGGAUCCCCGCCCUGGCUGGAGACAACCCAGAGUCCGAACCUGGUGGGGAGAGGACAAGCAAGAGCCCAGAAGGGCCUCCUGCUUCCUCCAGCAGUGUUUCCACGGCCAAGAGCCAGACUGGGCAGCAGGGGGCUGUCACAGGCCCCUCUGGCCUGGGCACGACUGGACAGGGUCCUCCCUAAUGGUUUCCUGCCCGUUUUCCCCAGGGCCUGGUGGUGGUAGACAGGGAAAGCAAAGGGAGGAGGCAGAGUGAAGGACGGCUGGGUGCAAGUGAGGGGCUCGAACCUGCAGGAGAGGGACCAAGACUUGGCCAGUAGCACCCUGGGCCCCAGGCCGCAGCAUCUCAGUCCCCCGAGGCAGCUCCUGUAGGUCUGGGAUCAGGGCUAGAUAGCUAGCGAAGCAGGGUCCACUGACCCUCCAAGAAGGUACUCCAGGGUGGCUGGGGUGAACCAGACCCUCGCACACAUAACCAUGAUUGCGGCAACCAUGUUUGACACGCUCCUGGGCACCAGUGCAAGUCUCAUGUGAUAGGAAAUAAAGUGUUUUCAAGUCCUU